GCAUAUUUGAAACUGCUCGCUCCUAAGCCGUCUAGACAACCUAUCCUUAUCUUGUUAUCCAUAGUCCACGGACUGGGACACUCCUACAAUGGCAAUGGCGAUUACGACGGCGACGGCAACGGCGAACAGCCGGUGGAGCUUCUCGUCAAUGAGGUCAGCGCUACCUUCUGUGGAAGUAGGAGUUCGUACUCCCUCUCGCGUCAGCUUCCCGUCGUCCAAUGGUCGAGUCAGUGGCAGAACCUGCAGCAAACAGAUUGCCUCUUUUUCGGGCUUGUGCCCUUUGAACCCUCUCAUUUCUAUUGGCUCAUCAGAUUACAACAGCUUUGAACAAAACUUUACAAUUGUUGAUAAUGGUUACCGAGUUUUUGCCAUGAGACAUGGCAAGCGGGUACCUAAGCUCAACAGGCCUCCUGACCAACGGCGUGCACUAUUGCGAGGGCUCACCACCCAACUCCUUAAGCAUGGUCGAAUCAAGACCACCAGAGCAAGAGCCAGUGCUGUGCGUAAGUAUGUUGACAAAAUGAUCACGUUAGCAAAGGACGGUUCUUUGCAUAAAAGGAGACAGGCUUUAGGCUUCAUCUACGAAAAGCAGAUUGUUCACGCUUUAUUUGCCGAAGUCAAAGAUAGGUAUGGGGAGAGAAAUGGUGGAUAUACCAGAAUUUUAAGAACACUGCCUAGGCGAGGGGACAAUGCGCCUAUGGCAUUCAUUGAACUUGUCUGAAUAUUGGCUGGUUGUGUUUGUAGCAGUGAAGUCGAGCAGUUCUAGGAAUGUUGAUGAGGUUAAUCCUUUUUGAGGCGUUGCCACAUAUAUGAUUAUGAACCUUGUAUUAAUAUCUAUGCAUAUAAACACAUUUACAUUUGAGGCAUUGCCACAUAUGGUCAUGAAUAUUUUGGCAAGAAUUCGGCUUUGUCAAUUUGUUAUUUGAAUUCAAACUACAUUUAGAUGAUAUUUAUUCGGCUGGA